CCCUAAUCCUGAAACCCUUCCCAGAACCCCACUGAGGCACUCACAGUCGCAGCUAGAACCCUAGAGACAUCUCUGCUACAGAUUCAGCGAAAAUGUCGAUGUCCAAGAGUUCGAAGAUGCUCCAAUACAUCAAUUAUCGGAUGCGGGUCACGAUCCAGGAUGGUCGUCAGCUGGUUGGCAAGUUCAUGGCGUUUGACCGCCACAUGAACCUCGUUCUCGGCGACUGCGAGGAGUUCCGGAAGCUUCCGCCGACGAAAGGCUCGAAAGAAGAGCGAGAAGACCGCCGCACUCUUGGCCUCCUCCUCCUCCGCGGCGAAGAGGUCAUCUCCAUGACUGUUGAAGGCCCUCCUCCUCCCGAUGAGUCCCGUGUUAAGGCUACUUCCGCUGCGAAUGCUGUUCCGGGACCUGGAAUCGGUCGUGCCGCUGGCAGAGGUGUUCCUACUGGGCCAAUGGUUCAGGCUCAGCCUGGACUUGCUGGCCCAGUUCGUGGCGUUGGUGGGCCUGCCCCCGGAAUGAUGCAGCCUCAGAUAUCACGGCCUCCUGUGCCUCAGGUUUCAGCUCCGCCGAUCAAUUACCCGCCUCAGCAGCCGCCUAUGGUGAGACCACCAGGUGGAGGGCCACCAAUGGCGCCUCCGCCGCAGGCCAUGAUGGGUAGACCUGGUGGGCCGCCAAUGCCGCCUCCACAGUUCCGACCGGGUGCUCCUCCUGCUCCUGGGCCAUUCCCACCCCAGUUUGGACAGCGGCCUAUGAUGCCUCCACCUCCGAUGAUGAGGGGUCCACCUCCUCCUGGUGCUCCUCCAAGACCAGGUAUGCCUGGAGCCCCGCCUGCACAACCUCCUCGCCCUGGUAUGCCACCUCCUCCCCCAGGUGGGCAGGUUCCUGUGUAUGGACCACCUCGUCCCGGAAUGCCACCUCCCCAGAAUCAGCAGUAAUAUACUCAGUAUGUACCAUCAACCGAGCCAUGUUAGUAGAUGUUUGAUCAAAGCCUUUAGUGUAAUCAAUCUUAUCAAGUAACUGUUGGAUUUUAGUGAGCCUCUCUGUAGUGGUCUGCAUAUCUCCUAUGUUGAAUUGGUUCAAGGUUCCUUUUUGGAUUUGAGUUUACCUUUAUAUGAGACUUGUUUUUAAAUUUCUGAUAA